CAUUAGCAUCUGAACAAAAUAUACAAAAUAAAAGGCGCGAGAGCUCACAUAUGUACGCUUAAAAUACCGGGGGUUUCAAAUAACUUGAAAUUUAAACUUUGUGUUGCGAUUUUAAAAGAAAUUGAGUAAAUAUAAAUAUUUUUGAGUACUGUUCAUUAUUACUUUUUAAUAUGCAAAGUAUAACUAAACAUAGCUAGGCGGAAUGUCGUCAAAAGGAGAAUGAUAAUCAGAGCAACCCUGACAGCGAGAAUGUUAAGGAAGUGGCAGAAAUUGAGAAAAUUUGUACGUGAAAAGAUCAAAAUUGUCGCCGAAGUUGACGAAAUCGAAAAAAAAGCGAAAACUUUGGUAAUUUAAAUGUGAAAUUUGUGUGUUUUAUGAUUCGGUAAUAGUUAAACUUAUGUGCAGUAAUAAAAUAUUUAAUUGUUGAAAAUCUAAAUGUGAAAAUACACUGAAUUUGAAGUUGAAAAUCGAAGAAAAGUUACCGAGGUUUUUUAAUAGAAAGAGGUGCGAACUAGCUGGAAUGCAAAGUGCAGCAGAGGCAAUGUUCGGCAGUGGGUCCCAAACCCCCACCUCAAAUUAUACGAGUAGAGAUUACUUGGUCGGUCGGUUAAUGUGUUGCGAAAAAGUCGAAUAAUUGUGAGAGGAGUGGCGGCUACUACUGCGUAUGGAUGAGCUAGUUACGCGCAAAACGCAUACAAUUGAAGGACAGAAUGUUGGCUGCCAUUCUCAAAAGAAAAGUUGAAAGAAUAAGUGGUUUUAACGAAUUAUAUUAAAAAAAAGCGUAGUUUUGACGGUUGAAAGUGAUUUGUCGUUGUGUGAAUGAAUUUAAUUGGAAUAUGAAGUAAAAAAACAAAUAGACUGAGGCAGGCAGCAAUAAUAACCGAGUAUUCACGACUCAAAGUAAUCAAUACACUAAAAGCAUUAUGAACGAAAUGGAAGUUGUAAAAAAAAAAUAUUUUGAUAUACAAUGAAAUUUGAAAAAGAAUUGUAUUUUUGGUUUGUAAAGGAAAGAGAAAAAAUAAACGAGAAAGUGGUGGACGACAUAGUCAGAAAGUAGAAGUGAAAUAAUUAGGAUACGAUCAAAAUUGCGGAGUGUAAAUCGGUGACUAUAGCGAUACGUAGGAAACAAAGCAAUUCGAAUCACAAGUGAAAGAGAAAAACGAAAAAAUAACAAACAGAAAAAGCACCGGAAAAGAGGCAUAUGAAAGUUUAAACGCAGUGAAGUGAAAAGAAGAAAUAUGAUAAAGCAAAAUUGUGAAGAAAAGCUGUUAUGUGCAAUAAAGGUGCUGGCUCGGUAAACGAAGCAAAAAGAUAGUACUAGAUAGAGUGAAGUUAUUAUUUUUUUUUGUAUUACAUUGUGUGUGUGAGAAAUUAAAGAAGGAAGCAAAGUAAAUAAGAGCAAAUGUGCAAGAAAGCAGAAAAGUUGAUUAAAUCGGGCAAAGUCAACUCUAAACGACAAUUGAAAGCAACUAAAAUACAUACAAAUAUUAGUUUCGAAAAAAACAAUAUACAAGAUCAUAAAUAUUAUUACCGAGUUUGAAAAGAAAACACAAGUUUGCUUAGUGCUUGUGAAUAUCAAUUUACAUUCAUUGCAACUUAGUGCAUAUUUUUGAUGCUUCCUGACAAGGGAUAUAUAAUAAACACGAAGCAAAAGUUAAAAAAUACAAACAAAAAUUUAAAACGUAACUUUAGUUAGUUUGCGCUUAAAUUUGUUUCGCACCUGGACCACCACUUUUCCAAUUUCUAGGCGGGAUUGUCAGAAAGACAAACUGCCUUUUAUUGACUGCCAAACAGUCUAACAGGUCAGGCGGUCGGCUCAACAAAUUGAAGGAAGGAUUGAGUGAUCAAUUCAAAUUGCUGACCAAGUAAGGUCGAUCUAUUUGAAAUUCAAAAUAUCGACUAGUAACAACAACAACGAUUACGAAAUUUGUGUAGCUGUAAUAAAAAAAAAAUUUCCAAAAUGUCUUCUUUGGACGUGCGCAACAACUCGGCGGUGAUGAAGCGAGCGGAGCAACUUAAGCGGUGGGAGGAAUCAGACACAAAUCGUCAACCACCAACACCACGUCCCGAGCGAGGACGCAAAAUAAAAUUCUCUUCAGGUUGUGUCUUUCUUGCAGCCUGUAUGUCUGGCGAUAAGGAGGAAGUGCUAAAGCUAUUGGAAAGUGGUGCUGACAUAAAUACAGCUAAUGUUGAUGGAUUAACUGCCCUACAUCAGGCUUGCAUUGAUGAUAAUCUAGAAAUGGUGGAAUUUCUAAUCGAACAUGGCGCUGAUAUAAACAGACAAGAUAAUGAAGGUUGGACGCCGCUGCAUGCCACCGCCUCAUGCGGCUUCGUGAGCAUAGCGCGCUAUUUGGUGGAGCAUGGCGCGGAUCCGGCCGCUGUAAAUAGCGACGGUGACUUGGCCGUGGACUUGGCUGUCGAUAUACAACAUUUGGCGAUGAUGGAUUUCAUGCAAAAGGUGAUGACUGAACACAAUAUCGACUGCGAGAAGGCGCGACAGGCGGAGGAGCAGCUAAUGUUGAGCGAUGCCAAGAAAUGGUUGCGCAGCGAUGCGUCCGAAGUGGAUCGGCCGCAUCCGAAAACAGGUGCCACAGCGCUGCACGUAGCGGCAGCAAAGGGCUAUACAAAGGUUAUAAGUUUACUACUCGCCGGUCGUGCUAAUGUUGAUAAACAGGACAAUGACGGCUGGACGCCGUUGCAUGCUGCAUCACAUUGGGGGCAAAAGGAGGCCGCCGAUAUGCUGGUCAAUGCCAUGGCCGAUAUGGAUAUACGCAAUUAUGCCGGUCAAACGUGCAUCGAUGUGGCCGAUCGUAAAAUGGCGAAAUUCUUGGAGGAAUUGCGUAGUACCAGCAACAAACGCAUCAAACGUCGUCCUUCUAGUCAAAUCAGAAUCUCAGAUAAAAUCGAAAAUCACAUUGAUAAUACGCCAACGAAAAUCAUACGAGUGGAAGUGAAAUCGGAUCAGUCAAAGGAUCAAGCGAAUGCUUCCAUAAACGAAAAUGAACUGCCAAUGAUUGAUAGUAGUGAUCAGCUGGAACCUCAUAAUCUAGCACGCAUAGCUGAGUAUGAUGAAACUGACUCUGAACUCACCGACUCAACAGAGAGCUCACACUCGACCAGCCUAUCUGAACCUGAAGAUGAAAAGUCAAAACAAUCGCAUGAAACCGUCAAACCAUCCGCCGUUGCUACAACAGACAACCAAACGGUUGAGGAUGAAGCGCCAUGGCGACGCAACAGCUUGGCAAGAGCGCGCACACAAAAUGAAAGUCCAACGAAAAUUCAAGUUCCUGAAAAAGAUGUUAGUAAAACUAACAACACCACAGAGACAUCAGAUGUUAUUUUAAGACGCACUCAGAGCUUUGAGCAUGACGAGAAAUUCUAUCAAAAAUAUCAUGAGUUACGCGCACGCAUAAAAGCCAAUUCAUGCCCCAUAUUGCCGGCCAAGCAACAACAACUCAAUAAUAGUAACAACAGUAGUAACAGUAAUAGCCAAAAUAACAAUAGCAACAGUAGCAAUAGCAAUAACAACAUCAAUAAUAAUAGCAAUAACAGUAACAAUAUUAAUAACAGUAAAAGUAACAUCAACACCAACAUUAUCAAUAAUCCCACAAGCGCAUUAGGCAACGUUUACACGCCCAUUCCAAAUUAUUCGGUACAAAGAUCGGCAUCACUCAAAGAUCAUAGAAAUUACAGAACCAUUUCGACGAACACGUCGUCCACAUCGAUAACGACGGCGUACACAACAAGCACACCAACAACAGCUGAUUCGACUACGUCAAUAACGACAACCGGCAGCACCACCACCACCACACCAUCGACAACUACAACCACUACACCGAUACGCAGUGCACAAAAUAGUGGCAAAGGUGCUACAAGUGCUACCAGCACCAACAGCAACAAUAAAAAUAACAACAACAAUGAUAAUAAUACAAAUGUCAAUAAUACAAUCACUGCCAAUAACAACAAUAAUAAUAAUAAUAAUAAUAGUGACACUAAACAGCCAACAUCAUCUACUCCUGAUGCAGCUGCACCAACUACUACUGUCGCCGCAAAGCAGAAAAUGUCAGCCGGCACUAUUUUCAAAAAUUUCUUCAAAUCCUUUGUGCCACCCGUGCGUGACGAGGAGAGCGAAACUCAGCGUAAGGCACACGCCAAACGUGUGCGUGAGACGCGUCGCUCUACACAGGGCGUCACGUUGGACGAAAUCAAGAGCGCCGAAGAGUUGGUCAAGAAGAAAAAUUCAAAUAUGAACAACAACAAUAACAGCAGCAGCAAUGAAACGCAAGUAGCUACAACAAUAGCAGCAACAAUUCCAACAACAUCAGAACAACAACAACAACAAGAAGUUGAAGCUAUUGAGCCGCCGCACACAGAACCGUCAGUAGCUGCCACACAAACGCUGCCACCCACAGCAUCGGCGCAAGCGUCGCAGAGACAAACCGCGGAUGGCGAUGAAACACCAGUCGCAGAGCAACAGGCCGAUUGCACGUCAGCAGAGGAGAGUGAUAAGGAGGAAGAGGAAGAGAAAGAGUGCGAUCAGCAGGAUGAUGAAUCUGCUGUGGAUAAUGAUGGCGAAGAUGUUUCCGCCUCUUUCACAAUUGUGGCGCCAACUAGAAAAAAUUCUAGUACGAAGGCAACAAUGCUAGAUGAUACCACAACAGAUGAUGCAACAACAACCGAUGAUAACGAUGAAGAGGUGAGUGCCACAUACACGUUGACACCGCGUCAUUCGUUUGUCGGCAGCGCUGCACCCACCGAAACUGUGGAAACGACGAUAGUGCUCACACCACCAGAACUAAUAAUCAAUGAAAGUGAUGUAGAUAGCGAAACAGUACGAAAAAAAUUCGUUACAGAUGAGAUAGAGUAUGAGAAUGUGCCUGAGAGUGCGAACAAGCCUGAGAUUGAUGAUGACAUUGAGAAUGAGAAUGAGGAUGAGUCGAGCGAGUCUGAACAGCAGAACGAAGAGGCGACAGAAAUAGAAAAUUUAAGCAAGGCCGAAGAUGAACAGACCGAGCUAGAGGCAGACAAUGAAGAAGAAGUGAACGACGAAAAGGCGGUAGACGCCGAAGAAGAUGUGGAAUCAGAAGAUAGUGAAACUUUUGAAAUUAACGAGUUUGAAAAUGAAAAGACUGAAAACUCUGCCACCAAAGAGUUGGCGACUGAUGAAAUAAGCGCUCCUAAAUCACACAUAUCCACGGCCAACAACUCAGCCGAUACAUUAAUUACACAAACGGAACGUGCACGCCUUAACACAUUAAUUCCAUUGCCACUGGUUGACGUGGCGUCAAGCAGUGUGGCGCAUGCCACAGAUGCUACACCGACCACGCCUACCAGCACGAGCGCAAAUACGCCUACACUCGAUAGUCCUGUGCGCUUGCGCGAAAAGCGUAUACCUUAUGAACCCGACAGCAACAGCGCCUUAACGUUGGCCGAACGCUUACGUUACGAAGCGAGUAAAUACAGCGCUGUCGGCGAUAGUGACGAGUCAUCGUCAUCGUCGACAGUCGCUAGUAAAACACGCUUACUACCACCAGCGUCACUGGCAAGUGAUGCCGUUGACAUUAAUGAACUUUCAACAAAUUACGGUAAAAUUUCACUUAGCAGUCGUCGCAGCUUGGACUCGUCCUCACUGUCAUUGCACGGCCAGAAUGAGAGUCAAGCAACUCAGGCGACGUCAAAUGAAAUCAAUAACAUACAAAGUGCCAUCGGUAGUAUUAGUAGUUGUAGUGGUAGCAGCGGUACAGCGUUUGUGGCAACUACAACUACAGCGACGGCGCCGAGUAGCAGCAACAGUAGCAAUAGUAGUACAAUGGCUGAGCGACGUCCUUCUUGGCGUUUGAAAUUCGAUGCUGGCUGUAAGUUCAAAUUGGAAGAUGCAUCGAGUGGGAAUACAUUUCCGCCAAAUAACAGCACAAUUAUACCGAGCGCGCCAGCUGUUAUUGCCGCUGCCAAUUUAUCGUCAACCAUAUCACAACGGCGCAUCAACAGCAAUUCACUAAACUCGUCAAAUCAAUCGUUGAAUUCAAUUGGACGACCUGUGUCCGCACCAGUCAAUGCCACCACAUCCACCACAUUACUUAGCAAUGAUACUCACAACGAGGGUGUUAGCAUUUUCGGCCGACGACUCACCGGUGGAAGCAGCGCCACAACCCCAGCAGCUACCACGACAACGUCUACUGCAUCCACAACAACAGCUAAUGUCACAGCCGCUACGGCUAUUUCGACGUCUAAAACUAAUGACGAUAAAGAUAAUGACAAAGAAAAUGAUAAUCGCAAUUUGGCUGCUCAAUCGGCUAUACAACGAAGAAGAAAACCAAAACGAAGAUCCACCGGCGUUGUGCAUAUCGAUAUGGAUGAGCUAGAUCCAGAGCGGCAAGAUUCAGCGAACGAUGCGGAAGAGAAAGAAAAGGAGAAGGAGAGUGGCGGUGAACGCGGCGCAUCCCGUUCACGUUUGAGCAGCACCACCAACGCCAACACCAACGCAAACUCCACAACAGACGAGAAUAAAGCACGUGAUAGGUCAGAGAAUGGCGAAGCCAUCGACUACAAGGCUCUAUGGGAGGCUGUAAAAUUGGAGAAUGACAAGCUCAAGCAGCAGCUUAAGAAAAAAGAUGAUGAAAUCGUACAAAGUAGAGCAACACUCGAAAGAUUUACAAACGCAACAACUAAAAACUCACUCUCAGAGCUUGAAAAACGCGAAAGGAGAGCAAUGGAACGCAAACUUUCCGAAAUGGAAGAAGAGUUAAAGCUAUUGCAGAAGCUAAAGACUGAGAAUGAGCGUUUGCGUGCGGAGAAUCGCGCUCUCACGCGUGUCGUAUCCAAGUUGACCACUUCAGCUCAAAGUCAACUAGCUAAAAAAUCAAAAUAAUUCAAUUAAUUCAUGAAAAAAAAAAUCACUAAAAAAUUUAAUUAAUUGUGAAUUAUAUACGCUAUAGACUAAGGAAAUUGAGUAGUUGAAAAUUUGUUUACGAAUUGCGAAUAAAUAUGUUUAAAGAUAAGUGUUCAUUAAAGGAAAUGAUGAAAAGCUAAUGUGCUACAGUAUUUAAGCUCGUAUUAGACUGGACAAUUUACACUGACACAAAGCGAUCAAAGCUGAUGGAAAUUAUCUACGUUGCCAUUAUAAUCAAUCGUAGCUAAAUUUGAAAAUAUUAAUCCGAAUAGUAAGCUGUAAGCGAUUUAAAAAGAAAGGGUCGUAUAGUGCCCAAAACAUUGUUUGUCGAGAAAAAGUAAAAAAUAUGUUGGACAAAAAGAUUGGCUGACUUAAAUCUCACUACGAAAUUGGUUUGAAACUUGGAAUGUGGAGCAAUACAUCAAUGAAUUACUGAGAGAAUUCAGUAAUGAUUAUUGCACGCUGGAGCACAAAUGGACUAAGCUUAGUGAGAGAGUAACACUUACUAUCAACUAAAGCCGUUAACUAGCGUUCGAAAAGAGUUAAGAGAGAGUUUGCCAAGCUCCAAACUACAUCAUCUCCGCACUUUGCAGUUUUCAUUGCUCAAAAAUUACUUGUAUACUCAUAGUUUUACUACAUACAUACAAUAUUUAAAAGAUUAUAGUAAUUUAAUAUCAUAACCGCACAAUAAUCGAAUAAAUAUAGUUAAAAUGAU